GCAUGAAUUGUAAAUAUUCAAGAAUUUUUAGUAUUUUACUGAAAUACGCUCGUUAGGGUGAAUAUAAAUGCGCAACAAUUAAAUGACACAACAGAAGGCCUAGGCCGAGUUCGGACAAUGCCUGGAGACACGACGAUCCUUUGUUGAAGUUUUUCUUAGAAUAAAUAGAAGGUUUCAAGAUGUCUGAGACAACACGACCAGUUUAUGAUGAUGCCGACAUGAUUGUGGAAAUUCCUCUUACUCCCGGUGGUCUGGGGGACAUUAGGAAGAACUUGGCAUUGGACUUCACACAUCAACCCGCUGUCAACAUGGUCAAGGAGACAAAGCCAGACCUACCCGGACAUGAGCAUAUGAAAGUUUAUCUCCGUGUUCGCCCGUUCAUGGAACACGAGUUAGAAAACAAUGAAAAUCAGAACACCAUCCACCAAGACACAGAGCAUACUCUGACUGUACAUGCACCGAAGGACUCUGUCACUUUCAAGAACACGGCUCAUGGUUGCGCCAAGCAGACGCAUAACUUCACAUUUUCAAAGAUCUUCAAUGACACUGUGCAGCAGAAGGGUUUCUUUGAAGAGACGAUGCUCGGCACUGUUAAGGAUUUUGUAGAUGGACAGAACUGUCUCAUGUUUACAUAUGGUGUCACUGGGUCUGGAAAGACUUAUACUAUUUUGGGCAAACCAAAUGAUAGCGGCAUCUUACCGCGAAGCCUGGAUGUCGUCUUCAACAGCAUCGAGGGCAAACAAUGGGCGUCCAUGUCUCUCAAGCCGCACAUGUUCUGUGAUGUGAUCGCCUUGAGUGAGACCCAGCAGGAAAUCGAACAGAAAGUGAAAGAUAAAGUGUUUAGGCUAUCGACUGAGGAGGAUGUAGAUAUGUCGACGAUGAUGGGUGAGGAGAUGUCAGAUGUCUCCCGCUCAACAGUCAACAUGACAACAGGCUCCCUACCUUCACUCACCCGGGAAUCGACUGCUAAAUCGCUAAACGCACCAGGUGACAACACACAGGUGCAGCUUGAGCAGUUAUUUGAAGAUGCAAAACAUCGUGACCGUGAACAAGCGGCCAUUGAUGUGGAGGCGCAGGGUCAGAUCCGCUUUUCCAUCUGGGUGUCGUUUGCCGAGAUCUACAACGAAUACAUCUAUGACCUCCUCGAUCCAAUCCCCAAGAAGAAGACAUCAAGGAGAGCCGUCCUGAAACUUGCCUCUGAUAAGACAGGUACUCCGUAUAUAAAAGGCCUGAAGUGGAUCCAUGUGACCACUGCUGAUGAAGCAUAUAAAGUUCUAACUAUUGGUCAGAGGAAUCUCCAAACAGCCUGCACCAAACUCAAUCAGAACUCUUCACGAUCUCACUGUAUCUUCACCAUGAAGUUGUUACGUGUUGUUGACAAGGAGAAUCCCAAGGUUGCUCGCGUCAGCAUGUUAUCAUUCUGUGAUCUCGCUGGCUCCGAGAGAUAUAGCAAGACUCGAAGCACCGGUGAACGUUUACGAGAAGCAGGCUCAAUCAAUCGAUCUCUGUUGACGCUUGGUCAGUGCAUCGACAUCCUGCGCCACAAUCAGACUCACAAAACGAGCCAGAGGAUUGUGCCAUUCCGUGAAAGCAAGCUCACCCGCCUCUUCCAGAACUUCUUCUCGGGUAAAGGUCGUGCCUCGAUGGUGGUUAAUAUCAACCAGAAUGCAAGCAUGUUUGACGAAACCCUUCAUGUGCUCAAGUUCUCGGCGAUCGCCAAACAGGUGACCAGUGUUCAGAAGGAAGAGAAGAAACCCAAGAAGUUGAUGUCUCUGUCCAUGGGUCCUGAUGGUCGUGCAUCUGUCGCAUGGGCAACUCCAGGUUCGAUGCAGCGUUGGAUCGAGGAGGAGGAUGAGGAGAAGCUGCAGACAGUGGAUGAAGACGAGGAGAGUCAGUUUGAAGAGGUUGCUGAGGAGAACAAUCAGGUGAAUCAGAAACUCAUGGAUGUCAUUGAGAAGCUGCGAGACCAACUGAAGCAAGAUCGGAUGAAGAUGGCUAUGAUGGAGUUGGAAAUCCGUGAGGAAGUCUGCAAUGAGAUGGCAUCGCAACUCGUGAAGAUUGAACAGGAUUACAGUGAUCGCAUGGAGGAGCAGCGAUACCAAGCAGAGGAACGCGCUGAUCAGAAGCUCAAGCUCUACAUGGCCUCCAUCAAGAAGACACGCAAACGAGCCAGACUCGACCGCUUCCAGGACGAUGACGAUGAAUAUGUCUCCACUGUCGUACUCCAUCAAGAAAAGGUCAAAGUUCAGGAUCUUGAAAACGAAAAGAAGUCUCUCCAGGAGCAGUUGACGAAGACACGCUUUGAACUUUCAGCGGCCAAGCAACAGUUAGAGAAAGGGGUCACGUUUGAGAAGUCUGUCUUGCUCAACGACAGUUCCGACAUCACCAACAAUGAACUCAUGGAAAACAUGGCUCAACAAUUGGAAGACAGCAAGUCGAAACUAUCUCAGCAGGAGGAGCAGAUGAUGCAGCUCAAUGACAUGCUGACAGAGGCUGGAGACAUGUUUGAGAUGAAGGAGAUCGAGAUCGAGAAACUCAAGGCAGUCAUCCAUGAUGAUGAGAGAAGGAUAGAGUCUCUGAAUGAGACGAUGGAAGACCUGAGGCGAGUGGCUGUUGACAGCAAACAGGCCAUUGAGGAAGCUGAGGUGAAUAUGAAGGCUCAAGAUGAUACAAUCAGAAGACUCCAAGCUGAGCUGACGGAGCGGGACAAUCAAGUGUCAAAACUUCAGAAAGCAUCCUCAGCUAACGAAACACAAAUAAGCGACCUCCAAUGUACGAUAGAUGCCUUGGCAGUCAAGUGUGAAGACCUCCGAUCACAAAUAGAAAUAGAAAAAUGUGCCUAUGAGUACGCCAAAGCCAAGUCGUCAGAUUCUGAUGUGCAAGUGUCAGAAACGUUGAGGAAGUACGAAGCUGAGAAGCUGCAGCACUCCGAGGCGACUAGGAGGAUCAGGGAGUUAGAGGCCAGGCUGGAGAAACCUGAGGGCGCGUUGUCGAUUACUAUCAUGGAGACAAAGCGAGAAGAUCUAGAGAACGAGUUGUUCCAGGAACGAGAGGAGCGCAGCCACGUGGAGGAGAAGAUGAGACAGUUGGAGCAAAAGAUUGCUGAGUUAGAGGCUGUGACGCGAGCUCCUGUAGGAACUGGAGCGGAAGUGGAUGUGAUGAUUGAGAAACUUCGACAGGAGUUAAGCGGUGCCAAGGGACAGGUUGACGUGGCCGAUUCCAUGAUAACAGAGCUGUCAUUGAAGGUGAAAGAGCUGGAGGGUGCACUGGAAGCAGCUGAGCUAGAACUCUCCAUGACGAGAGAUGAGAAGUCUUAUUCUGAACACAAAAUAUCUGAUGUUCAUGUUCAACUAGUUGAAAAGGAGAAGUUAUCACAGGAAACGGAUGAUAGGGACGUUCUGAUUUCACGCAUGAAGGUUCUGGAAGAGGAUUUACAAGAGUCUCAAAGAGUGAGUGAGCAGAAUGCCUCACUUGAGGUGGAUUUAAACAACCUGAAGACAAAGUUCGGCCUACUUGAAGAGGAGGUGAGGCAGGCAAAUAUCGAAAAGGCUAAUAUGCUCACUAAGUUGGAAAUGUUUGAGGAAGACUUUGAGAAAUGUGAUGAAAGAUUGACGAUAGAGAUGAAGCAGAACACAGAGUUGCAGACGUCAUUGGAAGGAUUAAAAGCAGAACUAAAUGGGGUGAAUGAGAAGUUUGCGAGGGAGGUGAACUUGAAGGAAGAAGUGGAGCGUGGGUUUGAGAAGUUGAAAGAGUGUCAGGAGCAGACGGAGAAUAAACUCUUGUCGAUGGAAGAUCUUCUUGCUGAUGAUAGGAAACAUGAUGAACAGACGAGAAGUGAACUUGAAGCAGCUAAUAAUAGGAAUGUACGGUUAGAACAGGAGGCACAUGAUCGGGGCAUUCAGAGCUUGCAACAUAAAGAGGAGGCUGCUGUUAAGAUUUCUAUCCUCCAGGCUGAACUAGAGAAAGCUAGGACUGAGGUGGAAAAACUGGUGGAAAAGGAGGCCGAGAAAGUCAAAGGAUUGAAGAAAAAGAUCAAAAAGUUAAAAGCAGAGUUGGAAUGCGUUCCAGCGCUGGAGAAGGAGCUUGAAGAUGCUCGUGUGCAGCUUGCAGUGUUGCAGGGAGAAAUCCAUGAUGCAAAGACAGAGAAUGCAACAAUGCGAUUGGCAGCAAUGCAGCAGGUGAGAUUGGAGUCUGACAAGGCUGCUGGGCUACAGAGUGAGGUCGAGGAGAUACGGAUGCAAACUGGAAGGCUGGCAGACUUGGAGAAGGAACUGGAAGACUCGGCAGGCGAAGUUGUUGAACUCGAGGAAGAAUUGAAGAUUGAGCUUGGUAAUGUGAGUCGACUUGAGCAGGAGUUGAAAGCCUUGCAAGUGGAAGUGGAGAGAUUGAGAAAUGUAAACGAGGAUCUUGAAGGGGCGAAUAAAACGAUCCAAGGGCUGAAGAAAGAUUUGAAUGAUGCUAAUCAGAAAGUGAAGGUAAUCGAGCAAGAGUUAGAGACGGCAUCGUCGCAGAGCUGCAAGGUGAUGGAGUUGGAGAGUGAGUUGGAGGGCCUCAGGACUGAUACUCGUAAAGUGGAGCGCAUGGAGGUGCAGUUGGGUGAGACACGGGUCCAGGCAGAGCGGUCAGAACAUUUGGAAGAGGAGCUCCGAUCGGUGAAAGAACAAAAUGAAAAGUUCAAAAACUUGGAAGGUGAAUUAGAUACAGUGAGAACACAGUUGCAAACAUUUGAAAAAACGAAAGAGGAAUUGCGGUCUGCAUUGAGUGAGUUGAUGAGUCAGGAGGAUGAGUUGGAGAGCAUGCAGGCAGAGUUGAAAGAUGUUAAACAGGAGUUGAAGUUGAGUGUAGAGUCUGCUGGUAACCUGGAGCAGACGCUAACCGAUGUGAGAAAGGAGAAGGAAGCCAUGUUGGCAGACGCACAGAAGAAUUCCCAAAUACAGGAGGAGUUAUUGGUGACGCAGGUUGGAGACUUGAAGAGCACUAAUGCUGCCUUGGAAAGAGAGAAGGAGGACUUGUUGGUGAAAGUAACGGAAUCAAAGAGGAAGAUUAGUGACUUACAAACCGAUAUGGACUCCGAUGCUAAACAACACUUGGAAAGUACGGAAGUGAUACGGAGGGAGAAUGAGUUGUUGCUGAAUUCCAUUGAGAGUCUCAAGAAAGACCAUGAGUGUGUUCUAGGUCAGGUUCAGGUUCAUUUACGAACUAUUGAGGACGUUGAGGCCAGCAAGGUGACCUUGACAAAACAAGUCGAAGAAUGGGAAGGUACUCUUGCGGAGCUCAGGACAAGAAUUGCCGAGUUAGAGUCAUCGCUGGAAGAAACCGACGAGGAAUUGUCACGGCAGUCGAUGAGUAAAGAACGUGCGGAGGAACAGCGUGCUCAGAUGGAGGCUCGUUUGAAGAAGUCACAGUCACGACUUGAGAAGGCCGAGAUGACCGUAGUUGACGUCAUCAAACAUCGUGAAAAAGCCGAGGAGAAUGUUGAAAAGUUACAAAAAAAAGUCAGCGGGUUAACUGAAGAAUGCAUCGAGUUGAAAGGUCAGAUUUCUGAGGCAGAGGUACUUGAACAAAAGGUGCAAGAUUUAGAGGCAGAGAUGGAAAAACAGAUAGCACAGUUGGGAGCGGAGAUCGGUGACAAGUCGUCAGAGGUGGAGUGUCUUCAAGAAAAGGUCAAGGAAUUAGAGGCCGCUGCAAAUAAGCAGACAAUACUAAGAGAGGAAUUAGAGGCCAAUGUGGAAGAGCAAAGAGCACUGAAGUCCGAGGGUGUGCUGGCAAUUGCUGACCUGAAACGGACCCUAGAGGAACAGAUAUCACUGCAGUCAGAACUUGAACAGAAUCUGACAGAAAAGGCUCUCGAGACCAUCGCCGCCUUGAAGCAGGAUCUGCAAGAGGCCAACUCGUAUAUCACAGAACAGAACAACCGCCUCGACUCUCUCGAGAUUAAGUUUAACUCGCGAGAAAACAAGAAGGAUGCUAGUCUCCAGGAGAUGUGUGAGAAACUCAAGCAUGAAGAUCAACUGGUUGGUCGCAUCAAAGAACUCGAGGACAGACUCACCGCUGCUGAUAAAGCUACUGCUGCCUUCCAAGCACAAAUCGUGACACUGCGAGAGCUUGCUGCCGAGCAGGAUGCUGAGAGGUCUGAUCAGGACAAAGCCCUCCAGGAGGUACAAGCCGAGAAGGAAAAAAUUGAUAAACAACUCAAGAAAAUGACAAAAGAAAAAGUGAAGUUGAUGGUAGAAAAAAAAGCGCCAGAAAUAGACACUCUUGAACAGUGUGAACCAGUCUUGAUCGAAAGUCAAAGUGGAGGCAUUGAGAACAUUGACCCUGCAGCAUCAGGCAUUGGCCCCUCAAUCCUUGACAUUCCAAUGGAGAGUUUCAGCGGUCAGGGGAAUAAACCAUCACCAUCUCCUGAGCCGGUGAAGCGCAUGACACGCGGCAGGUCCAAGAAGAAGCGGAGUAAUGAGAGUGAGCAGGGGGAGGAGGAACCAACUAAAACAACAGCCAUACGGAGAAGACUCCGCACGAUUACCACACCGCGCCAUUAGUCGUUGGUCGAGUCUCAGUCAAUGCAACUCAAGAUAUUGAUAUCUUUCAAUGAGGUUUUUGUUCACAUUGCAACAUGACAUUGGGUCUAGGACAUGUUCCGUGACAUUAGGUCUAGGACAUGUUCCGUGACAUUGGGUCUAGGACAUGUUCCGUGACAGUGGGUCUAGGACAUGUUCCGUGACAGUGGGUCUAAGACAUGUUCAGUGACAUUGGGUCUAGGAUAUGUUCCGUGAUAUUGGGUCUAGGACAUGUUCAGUGACAUUGGGUCUAGGACAUGUUCCGUGACAUGUUCUGUGACAUUGUACCUCAGACUGCAUUUAACUGAAAGUCUUCGAGGAAGUUUGUAAGCUAUUGGAAUGUUUUAUCAAGCCUGCUUUCAUUUCCAACUCUGUUAAUAUUUAACUCUCGAGGAGAAAACUAAAUAUUUCAUCUCUGUGUGAGACUGCAUUUAACUGUAAAUCUUGUAUAGAACAACUUUGUAGAUAUAAUCGUGUAUGUUUAAUGAAUGAUUGCUUGAGCUCGCGUGCCUGGUUGUAACUUAUUGCCUUUCAAACAUGCUAACGUUCAGCUAGAUACAGAUUUCUUGUUAGUGUUUGAAAGGGCGGGCCUAUCAAUUACAUAUUUGGGAUACACCCAGCUAAACCUCCAGAAAACACUUCGGGGGGCCAGAAAUUUAUUUGGGGGGGGGGGAUUUUUUACUCUCAUACCAUUGAACGGUGUAUACUUUCUGUUAUUGAGAGGCCUGAAGGGUGAGCUGUCCAGUUCCUUUGUGUGAAAUUGAGUAAACUAGCCUCUGGCAUUUUGUAAAUCAUGUGGUGUAUUGUGUCAUCUUUGCAUGACGUCGCCAGCAUAUUAUUGUCCUUCGCUACUUGUCGUGUUUUAUACAUCUCGUCAUGAUGCUAGUCACCUCAGCUAAAAUAGCCCUUACUUGGUCAGUCCCAGGUACAUAAGGUACUUCAGGUACAUGGGUUGUAUCCAUGGUCAGGUUGAGCCAGUCCCAGGUACAUAAGUUACCUCAGGUACAUGGGUUGUAUCCAUGGUCAGGUUGAGCCAGUCCCAGGUACAUUAGGUACUUCAGGUACAUGGGUUGUAUCCAUGGUCAGGUUGAGCCAGUCCCAGGUACAUAAGUUACCUCAGGUACAUGGGUUGUAUCCAUGGUCAGGUUGAGCCAGUCCCAGAUACAUAAGGUACUUCAGGUACAUGGGUUGUA